UAAAAAAGUAAAAUAAUUGAAUAAGCCGAAAAUGAAAGCGGAGUGGUCGAAAGCGUUUAUUAUACGGCCGCGGGACAAUCUACAGUCUCAUGUCUACAUAAAACAGAAGAAAUUUGUGCCCUCAUACGAGAAUGACCCUUGCCCUGUACCGAUGAACUGGCUGAUGGGUUGGGAGUACGCGCGCAUCUGGUUGCGCGAGCGUGAUGAUUAUAUUAGCGAGCGUCUGCGCAAAUCCAAAGCAAAACGAAUUAAAAACGACUAUACAGGAUGGCUAGCAAAACGGCAAAUUAAACCAAAAAAAGUUAGCUAACCAAGCAUUCUAAUGGAUCCCACUGGAAUCUAAUACAUUUUGUUGUAGAACCUUAAGACUGCUUUCCUAAACUGAUGCAUUUCACAAAUCUUUACUAACUAUUCCGUUUCGUACAAAAAAAAUUAAGUAUAACGAUUGCUUAAAUUUUCCAAAAUUAUUGUUAAGUACAUAUGUAUGUACCUUAAUAUGGAAACGCCCUAUCUAACAUUUUUGGUUCCUUACAGAGUAGUCAUAAAACUUUUUAAAAACCAAAGUUCUCCGGUAGUGAAUUUUAUCAAAACCCUGGUUUUUUAUAAACACUGGUGGGUCGUCUACUCACUUUUGUACAAAUCGGAAUUUCGAAAGAAAAUGUGUUAGG